AAAAAGUAACAAUGGAAUCAUCAGUAGUUGAAAACAUUGUGAUUGUGGGAGCUGGAAUUGCUGGUCUUGCAACAUCCUUGGCACUUCACAGGUUGGGUGUGAGAAGUUUGGUGUUAGAAUAUUCGGAUAGUUUAAGGGUGACUGGGUUUGCUUUAACAACAUGGACGAAUGCUUGGAAAGCCUUGGAUGCUCUUGGCGUCGGAGACAUUCUUCGUCACCAACAUCUCCAACUACAACAGAAUGUGACAACAUCUUUGAGCAUGGGGCAGCAAACUUCAAGCUUGUGCCUCAUGGGCACAGGAAAACAUGGAGACGGUGAAGUUCGAUGUGUUCGAAGACAAUUAAUGAUAGAAGCACUUGCUAAGGAACUUCCCAGUGGGACAAUCAGGUUCUCGUCAAAGGUUGUUGCAAUUCAAGAAUCUGGCCUCUUCAAGAUACUGCAUCUUGCUGAUGGAACAACCAUAAAAACAAAGGUAUUGAUUGGGUGUGAUGGAAUAAACUCUGUGGUGGCGAAGUGGUUGGGCUUCAAGGAGGCAUCUUUUACUGGGAGAUACGUGAUCAGGGGUGAUAUAAAGUUGAUGAACAACCAUGGCCUUCAGCCAAAUUUCAUGCACUUCUUUGGAAAAGGCUUUCGAUCGGGUGUUCUGCCUUGUGAUGAAACAACUGUGUAUUGGUUUUUUACUUGGACUCCAACCACUGAAGAGAAGGAGCUGGUGAAGAAUCCAGGCAAAAUGAAGCGAUUGGUGUUGGAGAAGUGUGAGAAGAUGCCGAGUCAUAUGAGAUGCUUUAUAGAGAAAACAGAAGCAGAAGAUAUCUUAACAUCUCCGUUGAGAUAUAGAAAGGUGUGGGAGCUUGUGUCAGGAAAUAUCAGCAAAGGCAAUGUUUGUGUUGUUGGAGAUGCUUAUCACCCGAUGGCGCCUGACCUUGGUCAAGGUGGAUGUUGUUCCUUGGAAGAUGGGAUUGUCUUAGGCAGGUGCUUAGCUCAGGCAUUCUGCAAAAAGGGUGAGACUGAGGAGCAAUACAAGGAAAUCGAAGCUUGCUUGAGGAAAUAUGAAAAAGAGAGAAGAUGGAGAAACAUCGAUAUCAGUGUUACAUCUUAUGUUCUGGGGUUUCUUCUGCAAGGUGAUUUGAAAUUUCUGGCUCAUGUGAGAGACAAAGUUUUGCCUCAUUUCCUAGCUGGGUUGCUGUUGAACAAGUCAGAUUUUGAUUGUGGAAAACUCAACACCUCUGAUUAAGGUGUUGGAAUGUAUAAUCGGUUAAGAACUAAAGUUUAAGUCUUUCAACCCUACAAAA